ACUCCGCAGAGCUGGCUCUCCAGCAUCUUCUACUUUGGACGGCUCGCCUGGGCCCUACCCACUAAUCUACUGAUGCAGAAAUUUCCCCUCAACAAGUACCUUGCGGCCAACGUAUUCCUGUGGGGCGUUCUUCUUAUGACCCAAGCAACUAGUCAGAUUUUCACGCCGGAUCUUGCGGUGCUACGGAUAUUGUCCGGUGCAUUCGAAGCAACUGCAGACCCUUCAUUUGUCCUCAUCACUGCGACUUGGUACACACGGAAGCAGCAGCCCACUCGCAUCGGUUACUGGUAUCUGACCAACGGUCUUGGUAUCGCUUCGGGCGGUCUGUUUGGGUAUGGCAUCGGCCAGGUAUGUGAAUUAUGGCUUUUCACGAGGACUGACCGUAACGUUGGAUUACUCCCAGAUCGUUCACCGUGA